AUGGUUUCCUUCAUCCUGUGCCUGCUCCCUGCUCUCCUAGCUACAACGAAUGCACAAGCUGCCCUGACAUGUAACACGUGCUUUGGCCUAACGGAGACCUGCAGUAUUGAUACAGGAACCUGCCAAGACAACAAAGCUACUGGUGGCUGCCUCUUCAUGGCGGAAGAUAUUAAAUUGGAUGGGACACAGCACACGUACUUCUACAAACAGUGUCUGAGUAGCUAUAAGAGUGACAUCAAAGUCCCCAUCUCCUUCACUGUUGGGAACGACAAGUAUGUGAGGAUCAACACCACACAAUGCAACACAGAUAACUGUAACGCGGCUGUACCUGGAGUGCCCAAGGGGAACACCACUGAGAACGGCCUGCAGUGCCCAACCUGCUUCGCUCUGAACUUCGCUUUCUGCAACAGCUCAGUCACCCAUUGUACCGGGGAUGAGACCUAUUGCAUUGAUUUCGUUGGGUUUCUAUACAAAGGUUCAUCUCCUUCGCCAUUCCAAGCAAAAGGCUGCACUACAGCGUCUCCUCAGGUCAUUAAACCUGGAAUCAACCUGACUUCUACACCCUACAUAUUCUCCUUUUUUUGGGGGCAAUCUGUUCUAGCAGAGAAAAUACCCACCAGUGGGGCCAGCCCGGCACUGGGGAAAUUCUCCUUCACCCUCUACCUGCCUGGCCUGACUGGGCUGCUGCUGGUGAAGCUGCUCGCCUGA